UGUUGGAUUACUAGAGAAAUUCAAGAAGUUGUAUCCAACGGAGUUUGAGGGUACUUUUAAGCCUCAAAAGGCAGAGGAUUGGUUGAAAAGGGUUGAGAGGGUUCUAACAGCCAUAGGAGUUAUUGAUGAACAGAAGGUGACUUUAGCAACCUUCACUUUGAAAGGGCAAGCUUUGAUAUGGUGGGAGGGAAGUCAGAGGUUGCUCUCAGCCCCAUUACCAGAUGUUUAGCCACCAGUGCCACAAGUAAUUACAUGGGCGAGGUUUGUGAAGGCUUUUAAUGAUCGUUACUAUCCUGAGACGUAUCGUUUCCAGCAAGAAGCAGAUUUUAUUAAUCUUAAACAGGGGAGUAUGUCAGUGGCCGAAUAUGAAGCCAAGUUUAAUGCUCUUUCAGCCUAUACUAUAGAUAUGGGGGAUACUGAAGAAAAGAAGAGUAGACGGUUCAAAAGUUGACUGGAGGAUAAUGUUCGAAUCAGAAUGACGUCUUAUAAAGAAAAAGACUAUGCGGAUUUGAUUGAAACAACGAAGAAGAUUGGUAAGGAUGUUGAAAAAAUGUUUAGUAAACGAGAACAAUCAAAGAAGAGUAAAUUCGAGGCGAGGCAGGCUAGCCAAAGGGGAAAAUUAGGUGGGUUUUAUAGAGGUGGCGGAGGAUUUCAACAUUUGAAAGGUCAAAGUGAGGGUAAACAACAAGGUAGUCAAAGCUAUGAGGCAAGUAAGCCAAGUUUUGGCAGGGGAAGUAGUUCAAGUGGACGUGGGACUCCUUUUCAAUGUUAUUGGUGUGGGUCACCCGAUCAUUGCAUGAGAGAUUGUCUGGAAUUGGGGAAAGGGUUUAAAUGUUUUAGAUGUGGAGAAAUUGGGCAUAUUGCAACUCAUUGCACAAAACUGCAAGCUUUAGGUGCAUCUUCUAGUGGCAGUGUUCCGGCUGGCCGUGGAACGAAUUUGGGUGGGUCUGUUGGUCGGGGUGGUAGAGCGGGUGGAACUACAGCACCGGGGAGAGUGUUUGCCAUGACACGGCAAAAUGUUCAGGCAACUCCAAAUGUGGUGAAAGGUGACGAGUCGGUGAAUCAAGGAGCACCGAAACCAUAGUAGUACUUUCUUUUGGAGUACGAGGUGAGUGUUUGAUUUAUCGAUGUUGUUCUAUAUUGAAUUGAACUUGAAUGUUGGCUUAGUGCCCGGUGAUUGGCUUUAUGCCAAAAGGCUUUUAUGCCUUAAGCUACUGGCUGUGUGCCCGGUGAUUGGCUUGAUGCCAAAAGGCUUAUGUCUUAAAUUAUUGGCUGUGUGCCCGGUGUUGCUUUUAACUUAUCGAUAAACUGUUGACAAGUUGAUAUUAUCUUUUAGCUAUACCUUUAAUAUUGAAUUGCAUCCAUGUCUCAUAAACACUCCCGGAUUCCAUUCUGGAAUCCAGUUUUGCAGGCGUUGUAGAUAUCCACUGCUGAUCAUCGUGU